AUGGAGAACGCGAUGAGCAACGGCAAGAUGAAGGUCUCGAAGCUGAGGACUUUGAACGAGAACUUUUCGCCGUUGCAGAUCGAGUUAGAUGAAAAGAGAGGACGCUAUCUCCAAUCAGCGACGAUGAGUCCAGGUUUUCAACACUACACCGAGAAAUUCGACGCUGGCUCGCCGCUCGCGCAAUACUUCUACGCCGGAUCUCCGAUUUCAUCUAAAUCCGGUGAGGCCUUCAAUUCUCCGCUUUUCGGCUCCAGCAAGUAUAGGUCCGCGAACAGUAGCUUUGGUUCUCGCGGCAGAUUGUCUCUCUCCCCGCUUUCUUCAAUCGAGAACUUCGAAUUGAAGCCGCCGCAGAAGUCGCCUCCAAUGUACCGAACUCCAGUGAAGGUGGAGGAGGAAGUUAUUGUGAUGGAUGAUAUUCAGGUGAGGCCAAUGUUCGGAGGAAAGGGCGGAAGGUCAUCAUCGUCUUCUUCCAGUAGGGGCUCUUCUUCCUCUUCUUCGUCCACCAAGAGUUUGUUCAAGACGGACAUUUGCAGAGCGUGGGAAGAAUCUGGAAACUGCCGCUUCAAUUCCAAAUGCCAGUUUGCUCACGUGAGAGAAGAGCUUCAUCCAGGUCGUUUCUCCAUGAAGAAUAAAUCUGAGGCACAGAUGGGCAAAAUUUCUAUUAGACAAGGACCGUACAUAUAUGACCCGAAUACACACAUUGUUCAAGAACAUCAUGAAGUAGCUGAACCUGAACGUGUAGUCACAAUACCCAUGAUAUCACAACCACCUUCGCCUGAACAUCAUCGCAUGCACACCAAUUCCAACACCAUCAGUGACUGGUCACCUCUGGAUGAUGGCAUUGAGUGUUUCCUCCCAAAUUGUUCAGAUAGAGUUCCCUCUAAGGAGGAAGUUGAUGCACAUAUUUUUGGUAUUCUUAAUCAGCCGACUACUAAAAGAAGACUACCAGUAUUCGCGGCACUUUGCUAG